AUUUCUAGUGAUUGACGUAAUGAGGUAGGAGUAUAAGAGAUUCCUCAGAUUCUUUGUCCUAUCAUAAAAGUUUCCGAAAUGCAGCUGACCUGGCAUAGUCUCUCAAUGAUGGCCAUUUGUCAAGACCGAGGACUUUACUGGUCAAGAUUUUGAAAGAUCUCUGGCACAUGCCUUUAUUUUCUAUUGAUCUAAUUCUUACUGUCUAAGGAUUGUCGCUGUGAAAUAAUCGGAGAAUUGACUAUUACCUUCUUGACUAGAUAUUAGUUUUCUUUUUUAUUUAAAUAUCAUACAUCACAGUCUCCAUUCUUCUUGCAAUCCCAUUAUUCUUAGUAUUCCAAAUACCAUUCUUUUCAGCUCUCUAAAAUUUCCUUGAGAUGGGAGAUCAAGCGGAAGAAGAAGUAGGAAUGUCACAUGCAAAGCAACAAGCUUGUCCAUGUCAAGAGUGUGAAAAGAACCCAUCAAAAUACAAAUGCCCUGCAUGUUCUUUCCGCUCAUGUAGCCUUCCGUGCGUAAAUGCUCAUAAACACCGUACUGGCUGCAGUGGCAAGAGGAAUCAGACUCAGUUCAUCCCUCUCUCUCAAUUUAAUGACAAUGUUCUCCUCUCUGACUAUAAUUUGCUUGAGGAAGUGAAGAGGGUGACUGAAUCUGCUCACAGAAUGAGGACUAAAUUAAGUGUGCAUCCUCAUUUUAAGUUGCCAUUUCCCCUCCAAAACCUCCGGCGUGCCGCUGCUAGUAGGAGAACAAAACUCUGGUUCCUUCCAAGUGGACUGUCAAAAAGGGCAAGAAAUCAGUCUCGAUAUGAUCAAAGGAAGAAAUUUAUUUCUUGGACGAUUGAAUGGCACUUUCACUCGACAGAUGUGGUUCUUUGUGACCAUGGAAUACAUGAGGACAUGACCCUUUGUACCGUCAUUGAGAAACAUCUGAAACCUGGUCCAUGGAGCCAUCAGCUAAAGAAAUUUUGUGAUGAACAGCUGGACAAUCUCAGAUUUUUUAUUCGUAAAUAUCCCAAGGGUCCCAAAUCACCUUUCAAGGAGUUGGACAUAAGGACCCCUCUCAGGCAACUAUUGGCAAACGUUGUCAUCUUAGAAUAUCCUGUAAUACACAUCUUCCUUCCAUCACACAGUUGUGAUUUUGAAGUCGUGAAAGACAGGAGAGCCAUCAAUCCCAAAUCAGAUUUGCAGUGCUCUGUCGGAAAUGAUAACUCGAAUGUGCAUGGUGUCCACUUCAAGGAGGAGGUUAUUGAAGAUAACGGCUGUUUGGAAUCGCGGGUGUGUGACCUAAUGCAGCAAUGGAACUCAAGUCAAGAAUCUCAACUUUCCCAUCAAAAUACAAAGGCAUCAAGUGGGCCCUUGGCAGGACAUGUAUCUGGACUAAGUGAACCACUUCCCUCCAGUGUCGGGGAUUCGGGGAUUAUUGAGGACAUGGAAUUCGAAUUUGAUCAGGGACUUCUAGAUGCCUAUUCAAAUCUCAUCGCACAAAUGAAUCCUGAUGAUUUUCUUGAAUUGGAUGAUGAGAUUGCCAGAAAAGGUAGAGAAGAAAGAAGAGGCUUACCUGGAGGGUGCAACUUGGCAGCAGUGGAAGAUGAAUUAGAGGAAGGAGAGAUUUUGGAAUGAGGAGCCACUCUCACGACUUUUCUCGCUUGUUAUGUUCUGUAUAUCUUCGGUUUUUGGUAAUAUCACGUGACCUGAGAUGCCUGAGAUGGCAAGAUUGAGGAGUCCUUUUGAUGUUAGAAUUGCAACUACAGCAAAUUCCUUGUUUCUUCCUCUUCAUCAUAUUUUGCAGGAAGAUUGAACAAACUUUAGGAGAGGCGCGCUUCUCGUUCUCUCUACAACAGAGUAACCCAUUUUGUAGCUGAGUUUUGGGUUUGGUUUGGAAUAGGAGUGGGCGAGUGGAGUUUGAUUUCAUAUCUGGUUCAUAUUUGUGCUUUGGUUUUGUAGUUUGAACUCCGAUUCUCCUCAAUCCUUCGGAUCACCGUCUUCAUGUUCCUUAAACAUUACGGCUGUGGAAACGAUGCAAAAAUUAAUGUCUUCGGUGCUCUUGAGAGUGACCCGCGAAAUGCAAAUUCGUAAAUGCACUGUAGUUUUUUCCUUUUGGAUCCUACACAUACGUUGUGUAGGUCUUUAUUUGCACCUGUAUGAAUGACAUGAAUAUAUUUGAACUUGAGGUUCUUGUAUG